AUGCCCUUUUUUACAUUACUCAUGGCCGAUCCUGAUGCACCUCAGCAAGACGAUCCAACAUCUGCUCCAUGGAUACAUUGGAUUCAAGCUGCAUUCAAAGGAAGCAAUGUUAAUAGUGGCAGAACUCUCGGUAGACAUUCUUUUGUUUGCUCUUCUCCUUUAAUAUGUAACUACCCAAGCAGAUAGACGUAAGUGAAGUUAGCUCCAGAUUCGAGUACAUCCUGCCCCGAUUCGCUUAGAAACUUGUUCCAAGUACAACUCCAUGAGCUCUAUCUAAUGGUAUAAUUAGCUUUUUUUAUAACUCAAACUAUAUGGUCAAUAAGUCCAAAAUAUUGGCUUUUUAUCCAAUGAAUGAGAGACCUCCUACCCAUAGAUCCUGCUCCAAUUUGCCAAAGAAUUUGUUCCAAAGCUCCUAUUCUUGUUUCCAAGUACAGGUCUAUGAGUUGUAUCUAAUGGUAUAAUUGGAUUUUGGAUAGCUCAAACUAUGUAAGGAAAAAAGUCCAAAAUACUGUUUUGUUUUAUCAUAGGAUCCAUAGACUCAUUUUCGUAGAUCUUGUCCCGAUUCCGUCUGAAACUUGUUUCAAGGCUCUUAUUCUUGUUCCAAGUAGAACUCGACGAGCUCUAUCCAAUGGUAUGCUCAGAUCUUCCAUAGGUUGAAGUAUGAUUUUUUUCGGGUGAUAAAUGGCGCUAGUGAGAAUCUGAAGAAUUAUACUUCGAGUUGUGGAACAUCUGAGCAUACCAUUGGGUAGAACUCGUCAAGUUCUACCUGGAACAAGUUCCAGAGCGAAUCGGGACAAGAUCUACGGAAAUGGGUUAAUGGACCCUAUAGUGGAAAAUCCGUUUUUUUUCGGACGUUUUGACCACAUAGUUUGCACUAUCAUCGAGUUGUACUUAGAACAAAUUCCUAGACGCAUCGGAGGUCAACUUUACUUACGUAGCAGAUACAUAUAUCGAAUUUUGACGCUUUUUGAACAUAAAUGGAGACUUUUAGUCGAUUUUUAUGUGUCUUUUUCGGUUAGUUCAAAAACGUACAAAAAAUUAUGUCUUUGUUGAUUUUUUUUCCUACUUUUUUUAAUUCGUUUUUCUGUCCAAUUUUUGUCAUAUUUAUGCAGAAAAGUAGUUAAAAAGUUAUUUCAACCAAAAAUCACCUAUUGUACAUCAAAAAAUGCUUUACAUCAACGUGUAGGUAUAAACAUUCAUUGUGAAAAAUAUUGUAGCAUAAUUAAAUAGUUAUAUACUCUUGAACGUAUUUGAUCAAAAUAUAUAAAAGACAUAUUUAGACAUGUAUCGAAUUCGAAAGUUAUUUCUUAUGAAAAGAAUUAUGCCUUGAUCUAUUGACUAGCUCUCUAUGAGCAAUAAACUAGUUGAAAAAUAUUUCAUUUCUGACGUUGAAAUGAUUAUUAUGGAUGAGUUUGUAUCUGAUAUGACAUGCAUAUUUUUUUCCCUGAGAAUAGUUAAUUCGUAACAAUAUAGACAUACAUACUUCUUUUUAAUGUGAGUUUAUCCUUCUCCAUUUAAUAUUCUAUUUUUCAGGGUAAAAAGAUAUUUUUUCUUUGUUAUUGAUGUAUCAAUACGUAAGGAUAGGAAGACAAUGUGCGUUUUACAUAUCAUAUGCAUUUUUUAUGUAACUACGUAGUUUGUGACAAUAGAAGACAGAUGUCGCUUGUUUAAAUAAAUGUAAUUCUUUUUCAAUAUAUGAAAGAGAGAUUUAUUUCUUGACACAAUUCUUUUUUUGUUCCUGAUAGUUAACUAAUAGGAAUAAAAAAAAAAUAUGUGUACUAUGUUUUUUUCCUAUCAAGUAUACAUGUCUUAAUACAGAAAUAUUUUUCUUCAAGUAGUAGUAACUCUGUGGCGAUAGAGGAUGAUAGACCCUUUUUAUUAUAUAUAUGCAUUCUUUUUUUUCCACUAACGGGGGAACAUCUCCAGGUGAAGCUCCGCUUUUAGACCUGAUAUUUUACUCAUAUGUAGGCCUUAGUGAGACUAGGAAGACGUCAAAAUGGUUUGGGCUUCUAUGGCUUCCUUGUUGAGAUAUGAAGUUCACAUCUUCUCUAACAGUGCUAUGAUUUAUAUUGGAAUGCGAUGUAAUGUCGAUUUUUUCACAACGAUAUGAAAUAUAGACUUACAGUUUUUUUGCGUGAACUGCAUUUUAUAGUGGCCAUAUGUGACACACUUUUUUAGCUCUAGCAAAGAUUUCGAAGGUCAACUCUAUUUUUUUCAUAAGUUCCUGCAUAUGCAGUAGUCUUAUUGAGUAUAUGCUGAAAUCCUUAUGUAUCAUGAACAAAUAUGAACACUAACAUAAAGUGAACGUAAGGAAUGCAGCCAAAACAACUGAACUUUGAUAAUAUGAUGAAUUAGCCCAUGUGAUAGUCAAGGAAAAAAUGCUCAAAACAUAAAUCUUUGCGAUACUAACUACACUUGACAAAAGCUAAGUUGUCACAAUUUUCCUCUUCGCAGACCGACUUUUCCAGACUGAAGCAAAUAUCUUUGACUGUAAAAACAAGUGGCUAGGAUCAGCCAUUAAACAGCCGCUCGCGUACCAACCAUAAUGAAUCAGUAUGAGAGAAUAAAGUCAAUACUGUCCCUUAUUAAAUUAAGCACAUGUUCAUACAUGACUCGUCUAAAGAAACUAGGCUUCAUUUUGGAAGCUCUCUUUCAUGCAAGCUAGUGUUAGGCACGGAAGCUUGAUAUGUGUGGUCAGAAGUCUUUGUCAGAGCUAAAACAGUGUGUCAAACAUGACCACUAUGAAAUGCAGUUCAUGCAAAAAAAAAACUGUAAGUCUAUAUUUCAUAUCGUUGUGAGAAAAUUGACAUUGAAUCAUACUCCAAUAUAAAUUAUAGUGCUGUUAGAGAAGAUGUGAACUUCAUAUUUCAACAAGGAAGCCAUAGAAAUCCAAACCCUUUUGACGUUUUUCUAGUCUCACUAAGGCCUACAUAUGAGCAAAAUAUCACGUCAAAAGCGGAGCUUCACCUGGGGGUGUUUCCUCGUAAGUAUUCAAUUCUUAACAUUAGAUAGAUAUCUCGUAUUAAAUAUAGAUGAAUUUUUUUCUUCCAUGAAGUAGUCAAUUCAUAGCAAUAGAAGAAUGUAUACUUCUUAUCUAGUACAAAUCUAUUUUGUUGUUGAUCUCAUAUUCAAUUAUAAAGAUAGAGAGAGAGUUUUACAUGAAUCUAAAAUCGGGUUUUUUUUGUCAACUGAUUUUUUUU